GUACUUGUUAAUAAGCUUCAAAUAACAGGAGAGGUGGCGGUCACGUGACCUGGAGUCUUCAACGCAAUCUGCUACAGAGGGAGCCACGCAUUUGUUCAAUAGGCUGGUUCGCAGACGGCCACUUAAACGAUCUGGACUAUGCAAGUAAAGACACCUUUUAUUUAUUUAUUUUUUUAAGAACAAAAAGUAUAUAUUGAUGUUAUAUUUUAAUUGUUUUUCUUUUUGGUCAAGUAUUGCAUCAGUGGCUGACUUACUAAACUGGAUGUGUUUUUUUUGUUACUUGUAGCAUCUGUGGUCUUGCGUUCUAAAGUCGAUUCGCUCUUUGUCGGUUCGAUUUUUAAACCGCUCAGAAAUUCCACGAUGUAAGUAAUGCUUCACAUCUAAGGGCUUGUUUUCACUAUUUACCUCGGAUUGAUGACAGCGUUUUGGUCUUUGCAGAGGCCAAAAAAAAAGUUUGUAACAAGCCUGUGGGCAGUGGAAAUAGAGACAAAGUAGGGAUGCUUUAACGAGGCGCUUAGCUGGCUGCUCUGUUUGGAAGAGCUGCAGUUUUGUAUCCGCUGCCUAGCAGAAACUGAAUGAAGCAGUUUCCACGAGGAAAGUUAGCCCUGCAAUGUGUAUCGACUGUGCUCCGUGAAGACUCACUGAGGGGGUGCGGGGGGACCUUGGAAGUUUGGAAGCAUUCAUAAAGAACCAGUCUAUUGAGACAUAGUGCCCUACAACCAAAUCUAAGAAUGAGGAGCAAAUACACAAUAUUCCUAGUGUUUGUAGUGGCCCUUGUCAUCAUUGAGAAGGAAAAUAAUAUAAUUUCAAGGGUAUCAGACAAGCUAACACCAAGACAGACUCCACAAACACCGCUUUACCCGAAUGGUUCAGUAUCUGUUUUGCUCACACAAAAUGGCUCCUAUUCGUCACUCAGUGAGCUGGACCCAGCAUUCAAGCGUUUGAAGAACCGUUUAGAAAACUACGCACUGCAGUUUCUGCAUCAGGUAGACAAUGAGCGGUCUAAUCCAAGGAAGCACAUCUUACUGAUGGCGACAACAAGGACAGGUUCCUCCUUCGUGGGGGAGUUUUUCAACCAACAAGGCAGUAACAUGUUUUACCUGUUUGAGCCAUUGUGGCAUGUCGAGAGAAUGGUAACAUUCGAAGCCAGGGGAGCCAACGCAGUGGCGGCAUCCAUUGUCUACCGGGAUAUACUCCAGCAGCUUUUCCUCUGUGAUCUCCAUGUGCUAGAGCACUUCAUAAGCCCGCUUCCAGAGCAUCAUAUAACUCCUUCUUUGUUUCGUAGGGGAUCUAGCAGAUCCCUCUGUGAAGACCCUGUCUGUACUCCGUUUGUGAAGAAGACCUUUGAGAAAUAUCACUGUAAGAACCGCCGCUGUGGGCCGUUGAACUUGACCUUGGCUGCAGAGUCUUGUCUCAGUAAGCAACACAUGGCCAUUAAAACAGUGCGUGUCAGACAGCUGGAGUCCCUGCGGCCCCUCCUUGAAGACUCCCGACUGCAGAUGAAAAUUAUCCAAUUGGUGCGUGACCCCAGAGCUAUCUUGGCCUCCAGGAUGGUGGCUUUCUCCUCUAAGUAUGAGAACUGGAAAAAAUGGGCGGUCAAUGGCGAGGUCCCCAUUGAAGACGAAGAGGUGCAAAAGUUGAAAGGCAACUGUGAAAAUAUCCGUCUGUCAGCAGAGGUCGGCUUGAGACAGCCUUCGUGGCUGAAGGCACGCUAUAUGCUCGUGCGCUAUGAGGAUAUAGCUAGGUAUCCAAUGCAGAAAGCAGCAGAAAUGUACAGGUUCACUGGGAUUCCUUUUACUCGUCAGGUAAAGGAAUGGAUUCUUAAAAACACUCAAGGCUCCAAAGAAAGUGGGGGAGUGUAUUCAACCAAAAAGAACUCGUCUGAGCAGUUUGAAAAAUGGAGGUUUCGUAUGCCUUACCAGCUGGCGCAGGUUGUUCAAAAAGUAUGUGGGCCUGCAAUGGAAUUGUUUGGUUAUAAAUUGAUUGAGGACCCAAUGAUCCUGACAAACAGGUCCAUCAGUUUGCUAGAAGAAAAGGUGUUUCAUUUUACCUAUUUAUAAAUCCUAAGAAAAGGAAAAGUGUUCAAAAGUCUUCACCAUAGGUUUAGACCUCAAGUUCCUUUCAGCAUGAAAUGUGUAUAUUAUACUGAAUAGGGGUCUGAAGGUUAAUGGACUUGAUGCUUUUCCCACCAAAGAAUUACUUGAGGACACGUAGGGAUUAAUAUUUACUGAGUCUGUAAAGUGGGAAGACCAAAGCAAAGGAUUACAGUAUGUAUUAACUGUAGCUUUAAACUGUACGACGUUUGCUAAGUAGCAACUGAAGGGUUUGAAACUGUUUUAGAUAAUGUUUUAUAAAUCCUACCCCUUAUUGUUUCAGAUACUGGGAUUUAUCAUUUUUUUCUAAACAGCGGUAGAUCUAGAUACAGUCACAUGCUAGAUCAUUAAAACAUGUCUCAGCAAAAUAAAACCAGUGUUUCUAAUGAUGGAUGUUAGUCUCAUUUGAGCCACAAUUUCGAUCAAUUGUAUAGAACCUACUCUAAAUUACAUAGCAGUUUGCCUGUCUAAUACGUUAGACACAGACAAAAUGCAGAAGUCCAAGGGUUUCUGUUGAGAGAUACAUGCUAAUAAAGUGUUUUGUUUUGUUUUUUAAAGCAAGCUAAAUCUGUAUUUAUUAACAAAGAACCAAAGAACAUUAUUUUAUUACAGGGAAGCAAAACUUAACCAAAACAUGAAUUGUUCAGUUUAGAUGUGUUUUUUUUAUUUUAUUUUUAUUCUCUAAUUUAGGAAGGUCAGAUUUGCACACAAAAAACGACACAUUUUAUGUUUUUGUAAUGACUUUAUAAAUAACAGUUUCAAGUGACUUUUUGAAAAAGCUCAGGGUGAAAUUGAGGAUCCUGAUAGCAAUGUGAGACGUUUGGAUUGGAUUCAUUAGAGAAUAGAUUAACUUGAGCUUUAGGUCUGCAUUGAAAAUGCAACCCAAGCAUUGGAAUGUGUUGGUUUAAGGUUAACUAGAUGGUAUGGCAAAUAUCUUUUUUGUCUUUUGGAAACAUCUAGCACAAAAUUAUACUGACUUAGUGACUGGGCCUGUAGCCUACCACACUGGGAUGUAGGGGAGGUGAAGUUGUACCACAGACGGCAACGUGAAUUUAGGUCUUAGUGACCUACUUUUACAAUACUGACCUGACUGUUUAAACUGUUGAAGGCUAAAUCUUAGGAAACACUGGUUUUCAUAUAACUAUGCAAGGUUUAUAGAGGACCAGAGGUAGAGGUCACUAAAAUGGAUUUCACUUGUGUGACACCAAAAUCUCAACUAUUAAAGAUUUGUUUUAAAAGUUGCAAUUUUGAAGCUGCUUUAAAGACCCUUGAGAGAACUUGAAAAUAAAUGGAUAAUAUAUAUUUGAAGUGGGGGGGAGGGAUUAUAAAGUCAAAGCCUUACAGAACCAUUCUUGAAUGAUUACAAACAUGUGAUUAAUUACAUGUGAUUUUUUUUUUUUUUUUUUUAACUUAUUUGUAUGAUGUAUCUCAUAGAGUUGUUCAGAAGUAUUUUUUUCUUGAUGUUGUUGUUUUUGUUUUAUAGCUUAAGGUUAGUAUCCUGGAUUUAGCAGGGUGGCUUAUUAUUGUAAUAUUUUCAAAACUCUGUAGUUAACCUGAUGGUAGUAGCCUGUGACUUUCUUGGUCUGUCACAUAUUCUGUGUAGGUUGUUUGCCUAAUAACAACUUAGGCUGUAUCUUCAGUACAUUCUCCUGAAGCAAAGCACAUUUAGAUGGUAGAUUCUAAAUCUGGGCAAUCAUAGUUGCUUAUCAAUGACUCCUGUUAAACACCUAUGUUUACAUUUUUUAAAAUAAAGUAGUGUUGUCUUAGAAGCUACAGUAACCUAGUUAUCUUCAAGAUGGAUUUAUUUUAUAAAACUAGUUUUGGUCACACUUUAUUUUAAGUGCCACUUUUUUAGUUUAUUAACUGUUAACAAAUUUUGUUCAUUUUGAGCUAAGUGAUAUAUAUUAAGAUAUUUAUAAGCAAAUGUAACAGGCAGUGCUGUGUGAUGCACUGCUGUUAUGGAUUCUGUUCCUUGUUGGGGAGAUGAGAUUUAAAAGCUGUAUAACUAUGAAUGCAGACGACCCUGGUUCUCACAUGAGAAAAUCCAGGAUACUAACCCUAAACCAGUUGUAAUAUAUGUGGAAAUGUGCCUUCAAACUGUAGUUUACAAAUAAAGUUACAGUUUUGUUUUAUUCUAUAAUCUGUCAAUUCCACAUAUAGUACUGUAGUACUAGACAUUUUAAAAUAUGUUACUGUUUGUGUGCAUUGUUAAUGUUUUGGGUAAGUACUUGACAUUUGUUUGGAAUCUUUAUAUGUUUAGGAAAUUUAUGUGCAAAUUGCAAAACUCAACAACAACUUUUAAACACAGCCACAUAGCCAGAAAAUACUCAGUAACUGCAGCUGGCUUGCAGAAUUUAACUGUUUAAUAAUUACUUUGUAAAGUAUUACAGACUAGUUUCUUUAUAAGAGUUAUUAAAAUACUUUUAGCUUCAGUCGCAGGCAAAAAUACAUGUUUUUCAGCUAAUUCAAGUUUUUAUAUGGGAAUGUUUUCAUGUAUUUGUAUUUUUUUAACCAUUGGGUGCCUCUGACAGUGUUUAUUUAUUUUAAAGUGGUGGCGAUGGACCAGACACAAAACAUCAUAGUUUUAUUUGGGGUACUUUAAAACAUUGGUCUGCUUUUCAUUUUUUUUCUUUAUAAUAGUGCUGGAGUCCCAUUUGAUUUAUUUCAUUAAAAAGUUGAAGA